AUGUCCGCUCCUCAAUCUGGCGAAGUGGAGAUACCUAAGGAGAAUUUUUUCCCUACAUUGGGAGACGUAGCUCAGCAUACCGAUAAUCUCGAAGGUAUAGAAGAUGAAGAUCAGGAUAGGCAAAUGCAAGAGAUCGAAAGUCUGUGUAUGAGAUGUCACGAAAAUGGAAAGACCAGACUACUCUUGACUACCAUCCCUUAUUUCAAGGAGAUUAUCGUUUCAAGUUUCAGAUGUGAGAAUUGCGGUCAUCGAGAUACUGAAAUCCAAAGUGCGGGUGAAAUACAGCCUAAAGGUGUAGUUUAUACCAUUCAUCUUCUCACUCGAGAAGAUUUGAACCGACAGCUCGUCAAAUCCAGCUUUGCCACUCUUUCUAUACCGGAUUUGCAACUAACUAUCCCUCCUGGAAGAGGCCAGAUCAACACUGUAGAAGGUAUCAUUCGAGAUACAGUUCGGGAUUUAAACAUUUCUCAACCUGUUCGAAGAGUCAUGGAUCCUGAGACGGGCAAAAAAAUCGAUGAAAUGUUAACUACUUUACGAAACUUGAUCAACAUGGAAGAAGAAGAUGAAGAUGGUGGCGUAGGAGCUGAUGAUGAAGAUGUGAAAUUGUCAACAUAUCACGAAACUGAAGAGAACAUUGAAACAAAACCAUUCGUACCAUUCUCAAUGGUGUUAGAUGAUCCUUCUGGAAAUUCAUUCUUCUCAUUCGUCGAUUCACCUUCUGAUCCUCAAUGGAACAUGAGAGCGUAUAACAGAACUUUCGACCAAAAUGUCACUCUCGGCUUAGUAGCUAGACCCGAUGACGCACCUGAACCAAGCGCAGAUGGAGAAUCAUCCUUGGACGAUAAACAUAAAUUAUCAAGCUUGGAGGAGUUCGAACAAAGAAGAAAACAACAAGGUGAAGUUGUUCCGGAUGAAGUAUUCAGUUUCCCCUCAACUUGCUCUUCUUGUGGUCAUCAAUUAGAAACUAGAAUGCAACAAGUGAACAUACCCUACUUCAAGGAUAUCAUCAUCAUGGCUGCCAAUUGUUAUGCUUGUGGAUACAGGGAUAACGAAGUGAAGUCUGGUGGAUCAAUAGCCGAUAAAGGGAAGAGGAUAUCGCUGAAGGUAGAGGAUGAGGAGGAUCUCAGUCGAGAUCUGUUGAAGUCCGAUACGGCAGGAUUAGAAAUCCCUGAAAUCGAUUUACAUCUUCAACCUGGUACUCUAGGGGGGAGGUUUACCACUUUAGAAGGAUUACUCAACGAGAUUUACACUGAAUUAUCAACCAAGGUGUUCCGAACGGGUGAUUCGUUAUCAUCAGGAAUCGGUCAAAUAAAUGCAGACGGUGCAAAAGGUGAAAGGAAGUUUGAAACUUUUUUAAAAGGUUUAAAAGACUGUAUCAGCGCUUCACGACCUUUCACACUCAUAAUAGACGACCCAGUAUCAAAUUCUUAUUUACAAAACCUUUACGCUCCGGAUCCAGACCCUAAUAUGACUAUUGAAGAAUACGAUAGAACAUUUGAACAAAAUGACGAAUUGGGUAUAAAUGAUAUGGUCUUGGAAGGUUACGAUAAAGAUGCAGAAGGAACCGCUUAG